GCGCCGUGCCCAUCAUCUACUGUGGUUGCCGGCCCUGGCCCCGCUGCGCGGCGCUGGCGGCCUACGGCGCCCUGAGCCUGGGGGCGCUGCGCGGGGCCGUCGCCGCCGGCUCCAGCGCCCGGCGCCUGGGCUCCUUCGCGGGCCCGGCCCUGUUCCGCCUGCUGCUGCUGGCGCUGCGCGGCGCGGGGCUGGGGGGGGGCGCCCCGGGGGCGCUGAGCUGCUACGGCCGCAUGGACGCCCUGGCGCUGCUGGGGGGCGCCCUCAACGCCGCCCGCGUGCCCGAGCGCUGGAGCCCCGGCAGCUUCGACUACUGGGGCAACAGCCACCAGUUGAUGCACGUGCUGGUGGCGCUGGGGCUGCUGCACCUGCACUGGGGCGUGGCCCAGGACCUGCGCUGGUUGGUGGACAACCCCUGCCCCGGCCAAUGAGGGGGCGCCCGGCGCCCGCCCGCCGGCCAAUGGAGGCGAGCGGUGCGGCUGGGUAGACCUGGCGGCCGUGGGGAGUGGGGGAAUGUGGCUGGGUAGACCUGGCGGCCGUAAGGGAAUGGGCGAUGCGGCUGGGUAGACCUGGCGGCCGGGAGGCGCUCUGCGGGGACGUUGGCCAAUCGGAGCUGGUGGCCGAUGGGCGUGGCCAUGAAGCAGCCAAUCAGCAUUGCCAGACUGCUAGACUUGUUGACCCAGCGCCCAAUCAGCGAUUGAUCCGCCAGCCAAUCCGCAUCGCUGAGCCACCAGAUAAUGAACAUCAUCAGCCCACGAGCCAAUCAGCACUCUGGACCUCUCAGCCAAUCAGCAUCGUUCACGCACCAGCUAACCAAGUGCAGCAGCCCACCCGCCAGCCUAUCAGCGCUCUGGACUUCUCAGCCAAUCAGCAUUGUUGACCCCCCAGCUAACCAACCGCAGCAGCCUGCCCACCAGCCAAUCAACACUCUGGACUUGUCAGCCAGUUGCCAUCUUUAAUCACCUGCCAGCCAAUCAGCGGCGCUCUGGACUAGUUGGCCAAUCAGCAUCCUCCCUGCCGGCUCUCUGCCAACCAAUCAGCGUCACCGCGCCGCCAGCCAAUCAGCACUCCCUGCCUCCUCCUAGCUGUUGCCAUCCCGCUCACCAGCCAAUCAGAUCCCUCGCUGCCCUCCCACCAGCCAACCACGACUCCGGCUCCCAAGCUUCAGCCUGCCAACCGGCCAAUCGGAACUCUUGCCGCCGCCCCGCCGGCCAAUGGGCGCUCCUCCCCGCCACUGUGCCGUCCAAUCAGCGCCCCCCCAGCCAAUAAAGCGGCGCCGUGGGGCAGAGCCGU